UGUUUAUUUUUCGUUACGUUCGAGUCGUACAAUUAUAAAAUAAACAUUUAGUGAAGUGCAAAAAUGGCCUCAGCUGUGAAAAUUGAUUCUGGGAAUAUUACUAAAUUUUAUGGGUCCAAUUUUCAAAUAUGGAAAUUUAGUGUGACCAUUUUGUUUAAAGCAGAGAAGCUGCUUCCAAUUGUGAAUGGGACAGUUAGAGAACCAGAAGACCACACUAGCAGUGACUGGAAAGAAUGGGAUGACAAAGUAAUUAAUAGUUUGCCUCCUAGAUUUAAUGCCUUUCGUACAGCCUGGGACUCUGUAGCUAGUGAUCAGCAAACUUUUGAAAAUUUAGCAGCAAGAUUGCUUAAAGAAGAAACUAGAAUGAAUAAUGAUGACUCUGAAAUAUCUCGUCUUGCUUUACAAGUAUAGGCUUUACAAAGUAAACUGAAAGCCACCAGUAAAAAGAAAACAAAUAUACAGGACUUAAAGAAGAAUUCCACCUGUAAUUAUUGUAAACGCAAGGGACAUUGGGUUAGAGAGUGUAGAAAGAGAAUACAUGAUUCCAAAAAUGAAGAUAAAAAACCAGUCAUCAGCAAGUACUAUAGCAUCAAGUUCAGCUUAUAUAUGUGAUAUUUCUUCCAUGUACUUAUCAACCUCCAGUGUAAGUAAAAGUGAGUGGAUAUGUGAUUCAGGAGCAAGUCUACACAUGACUGGUGAAAAAUUGUUGUUUUCAAAAUUAGAAUCUCUAUCUGAACCUAUGUUUGUUAGAAUAGCAAACAACAAGCUGAUUCCUGCAGAAGGUAAAGGUGUUAUUGAAAUACAGGCAUUUGUCCAAGGUGAGUGGUAUGAUCGUACUAUAAAUAAUGUCCUAUACAUUCCUGAACUUAGUCACAGCUUAUUUUCAGUGGGAGCUAUGACAGAUAAAAACUUUACCUAUCAUUCUCAUAAAAACAGGUGCCAAUUUCUAGAGCUAAAUGGAAACAUUUCAUGUGUUGGAGUACGUAGAAAUAAUCUGUGGGUCAUGAAAUUUAGAGUUAAGCCUAUUGUAGAAUGUAAUUUAGCUUCCAAAUCAUCAAUAAAGUUAUGGCAUGAUCGCCUAGGGCAUAUCAACUUCACUACAAUUAAGAAAACAGCUAAUUUGGUUGAUAAUAUGAGAGUUGACAACAAAGAAGAAUUUUUCUGUGAGACAUGCCAGUAUGGGAAGCAGUCAAGAAAGACCCAUAAAAGUCUUACAAGAAGCAUAUCAGACAAACCAGGUGAAAUGAUUCACACAGAUGUAUGUGGACCAGUAAAAAUUUCUUCUCCAAGUGGAUCAAAAUAUUUUGUUUUAUUUAAAGAUGAUUGUAGUAGUUACUGCAGUGUUUAUUUUCUAAAGCACAAGUCAGGUGUUCUUAACAAGUUUAAAUAUUUUAAAAUACUGAUUGAAAAUCAAACUGGCAAUAAGAUUAAGAUUUUAAGAAGCGACCAAGGUAAAGGAGAAUAUAUCAAUAAUGACUUUCAGGACUUUAUCAGGAAGAAUGGAAUAUUACAUGAAUGUUCAGCUCCUUAUACACCUCAACAAAAUGGCCGCAGUGAGAGGCAGUUACGGACAAUUGUUGAAAGUGCAAGAACUAUGCUUAUCAACAAAAAUGUGUCACAAGAAUUGUGGACCGAAGCUGUAAAUACUGCUGUAUAUGUUCUUAAUCGAACAGCUUUAAGUCAAGUACAAAACAUGACUCCAUAUGAAAAGUGGUUUGGGAGAAAACCAGAUCUAAAGCACAUCAGAGUUUUUGGCAGUACAGCUUACAUGUUGAUACCAUCACAGUUUCGUAAGAAGUUUGACUCAAAAUCAAGAAAAUUAUUGUUUGUUAGAUAUGAUGAAUAUUCAUCAAAUUAUAGACUUUGGGAUUGUGAGGAAAGAAGAAUUGAAGUGAGCUGCAAUGUAAAUUUUAAUGAAGAUGAAACAAUUAAAAAUAAGAAGGAAAUUUUUACAUUAAAAUUUGAACUCUUAGGUGAUAAUGAAGAAAGAGACAAUGAUGAUAUGUAUGAUAUUCAAGAAAGAGACAAUGAAGAGAGUUUAGACAUGUCACAAGGUAGUAGGUCUCAAGCAACAGAUCAUGAUGAUGAGCAUUUUUGAUUGUAAUCUGUUUUAUGAUGCCAAUGAUGAUAAUUUUAAUGAUAGACAGCUACGGAACAGAAAUACACUGUCUAAGCCUGACUAUUAUGGUGUAGCAAACUACUGUGACAUAGUUGAACCCAUAAGUUAUGAAAGUGUAAUAAAGUGUGAGGACUCUAGCAAGUGGCAACAAGCAAUGCAGGAGGAAAUAGAUGCCCUCAAGUUUAAUAACACAUGGAACUUGGUGAAAAAAUUGCCCAAUGGUGCAAAAGUGAUAAACAAUAAGUGGGUUUAUCGUGUUAAGACUGGCUCAGACGGUAAUCCUGUUCGUUAUAAAGCACGUCUGGUUGCACGCGGUUUUAUGCAAGAACGUGGAAUAGACUAUGAAGACACUUUCGCGCCGGUUGUGCGGUAUGACUCAGUGCGGAUUUUGUUAUCGUUAGCAGUGGAAAAGGACCUUAGACUUGCUAAUUUUGAUGUACAGACUGCAUUUCUAUAUGGUGACCUACCAGAGUGUGUGUACAUAAAGCAGCCAACUGGUUUUGAAAGUAAGAAGAUAUAACAACUUAGUGUGUAAAUUGAAUAAAAGCUUAUAUGGACUUAAGUAAUCACCACGAUGCUGGAACCAGAAGUUUGUAUCCUUUCUUAAUAAAUUUGACUUUAAACAAUUAAAAAGUGAUCAAUGUGUUUUUGUUGGUAAUUUUGCAAAUUCUGAAACUUAUUUAGCAAUUUAUGUUGAUGAUGGACUUGUCAUGUCAAAAUCAGAAAGAGCCAUUAAUGAACUUUUAGAAACUUUAAAGCAAAUAUUUAAAAUAACUGUAAAUUUAAAUAGUAAAUUACAUUUUGUUGAACUUGAGAUUGAACAAGAUCUUAGUGCAGGUACAAUUGCUAUUCAUCAACAUAAUUAUAUAGAAAAACUUCUUGUUAAAUUUAAUAUGACUAAUGCUAACCCAUUAAAGAUUCCUGCAGAGCCUAGUGUACCUUUGUCUAAAGGAAAUAUUUUAAAUUGUAAUAAAUCUUUGCCAUAUCGUGAGGCUGUUGGUUCACUAAUCUUUCUGGCAACCACCAGUCGCCCAGAUAUUACAUUUGCAGUUAAUCAGGUGAGCAGAUUCUUUAAUGCUUGGAGUGAUGAACAUUGGAAAGCAGUAAAACGAAUUUUUAGAUAUCUAAAAUAUACUGCUCAUUAUAAAAUUGUGUACAGAAAAACUACACAAAUCAAGGUAAUAGGCUACACUGAUGCAGACUAUGCUGGCUACCUGGAUACAAGAAAAUCUACUAGUGGAUAUGUAUUUAUACUAGGCAAUGGUCCUAUUACCUGGAAGAGCUAAUAACAAAACAUAGUGGCACAGUCAACUACAGAGGCCGAAUAUGUGUCCUUGGCUUUUGGUGUUAGAGAAGCUUUAUGGCUUAGAAAUUUUUUAAAAGAGAUUGGAAUUGAUGUCUCACCUGUCAACAUCUCUGUUGAUAAUCAAUCUGCCAUUAAGCUAACACAGGCACAACAAUUUCAUAGCAGAUCAAAGCAUAUUGAUAUUAAGGUUCACUUUGUUCGAGAUGAAUGUGAAAACAAGAAUCUGUGUAAGCUAUGUCAAUACAAGUAAUCAGUUAGCGGACUUGUUUACAAAAGCAUUGUCAAAGACAGUUUUUAACAAUUUAUUGAAUAAGUUAAAUUUGUCAAUUUAA